AUGGCUGAUCUAAUGGACCCGAACGCGCUGGAGAUUCUGUCCGGAAUGUUUCCACAGGGCAGAGUCCCCAAUAUUCCUGCCAGAGUGGUACGGGUUUUCCUUGGAGCGUCCGGACCAGAUACGAUAGCUGAGCGAAAUGUGAUCAUACAACGCGUGUACCCUGAGCUGAGGGAAUACUGUCGGAACAGACAUGGUGUAGAAUUCCAGAUGAUUGACCUUGAGUGGGGAAAGCCACCUUCAGAUUCCAAUAUAGACAACACUCUUCCUGAUUUCAAGCUUAGAGAGUUACAGCGCUGCCAGAGGAGCUCCGCAGGUCCCAAUUUCGUGGCCUUCAUUGGCCAGAAAUAUGGGGAGCGAUUACUUCACUCAUCGAUCCCAGCCGAGGAGUUCGAUACAUUACGUAUGGCACUUCAUAACCAUAAGGGAAGAGAAACUCGAAAUGCACCCAUACUGGACACUUGGUAUACUAGGGACGAUAACUCCGUGGCACCAAUCUACGUGUUGAGGGCUAUAGGUGACGUCAUACCAGAGUAUAAGCAGCAGGAUGGCAAUCAACACAGUGAAGGAAUGUCAAAAUGGCUGGAGGUGAAAAAAGAGAUGAGACGACUCUUCCGGAAGGCAGCAGACUAUUGUUAUCUCGAGGGACAGAUUACCAUGGAAACCAAGAACAAAUACUCCAUGUCAGAGUUAGACAGCCAAAUUCAUCAAGGCAUUGAAGAGUCGGACAACCCUCUCAACAAGUGUACUCUGAUUCUCCGAAACAUCGUCGAUCUUAAAAACUAUUUAGAUGACCCGAAGGCUACAACAUUUGCUGAAGUUGUCUACAAUGAAAAAUACGAACAAUUCGAAUUAGAAACAGAAUCAACUCAGAUGCUGACUAAAAUGAAAGACGAAGCUGUUUCCAUGGUAACACCCAACAUACUAUCCUACGACGUAUUGUGGCGUUACGAUGACGUCAUCAGCCCGGAACUACACAAAGAUUAUCUGGACCAAUUAUAUUCUGAGUUCAGCAUACUUAUGAAGGAGUUAGUGGAUCGCUCAGUUCCGACAACUGUUUACGAUUUUCAGUCUGACAUCGUAGAAGAAACAUUAUACCAUUGGUUGCGAUGUCAGGAUAUCUCCCGAAACUUCUGUGGUAGAGAGAACGAGUUUGGCCUCCUAACCGAAUACCUGUUAGGGACAUUCAACCAGCCUGUCGUCGUGUUCGGUCAACCUGGUUCCAGUAAGACUUCCUUGCUAUCAAAGGUUGCCAUGGAGACUCAGGAGAUGGUACCAGGGGAGGUAAUCAGUAUAAUCAGGUAUGUCGGUUUUACUCCACGGAGUGCCGAUCUGAAACAGCUCUUGUCAGGUAUAUGUACGCAAAUUCUCGCCUCUCUCAAGCGUGAUACAACAGAAGUUCCCCAUGACUUCAAGGACCUGCAAAAGUUCUUCCUUAAUGUGAUCAAGACGAUCCCAUCCCACGUUACCCUGGUGCUUUUUCUGGACAGUGUAGAUAACAUUUUACCAGACUACAGUGCUCACUUCAUGUCCUGGAUGCCAAAUCUACUGAAUCGCAACGUGAAAAUCGUGAUAUCCACUCAUCCCGAGAAAAACCAAAUCCUCUCGGCGAUGAAACAAGACAUAAUCAGAAACGACAAGGCAUUGGUUGAAGUGAAACCGUUGUCAAUAGAGGAUGCUGAACGGAUGCUAGUGUUUUUCCUAGGCCAGUAUGGGAGAAGAAUCAGCACAACACAGAUGCAAGUGUUCAAGGAAGCUAUGAACAACUGUUCGCUACCGAUGUACGUAAGUCUGUGCGCAGAGCACGCAAAAAUGCUCCAUUCACACGAUGACAUUAGUCUGAAGACACUUCCAACAAGUAUACACGAAGCAAUCAAUUUACUAUUGGAUGGGCUUGAGAUAUCUUACGGUGCACAUUUCGUUUCUAAAGCAAUGGCGUACCUUGUCGCGUCCGUUACUGGGUUAAGUGAUUGUGAAAUCGAGGACCUCUUGUCUCUGGAUGACGAUGUGAUGUCCUCUCUCUAUACCGACUAUCAUCCGUACAUCAGACGACUUCCUCCACUGAAAUGGCUACGUCUGAAAGAUGACAUUCGAAGGUUUCUGAUCGUUCGAGAAGUGGAUGGGGUGACAGCAUGCUGCUUUCGCCAAGAGGAAUUCAACAUAGUUAUAAAGGAAAAGUAUAUGAGCAGUAAAGAAACAGCGAAACAGGUGCACUCUAUGAUGGCUGACUACUUCCUUGGUACAUGGCACGGUAAACCAAAACCUAUUGAUCAAGUCGAGUCAAUGGAUGGUCAAAAACUCCAAAGAUCCUCUGUGAAAGAGGCAGAUCGAUAUGUUCCCUCACAACCGCUCACUUUCUUCCACGGAGCUGGAACAGUGAGAUUCAACAGGAGGAAAUAUGAUCAGGUGCCACGACAUUUGUAUCUGGCAGAUCGUCUGAAAGAGCUAAAUCAACUAGUCUUGUUCAACUACGAAUGGAUGUAUAACAAAAUCAAAGCUCUCUCCUUGCAGCAUAUCAUGGCGGACUUUGCCUUAAACCCUGGUGUUGAGGCUACACUUGUAGAAGAAGCUCUGAGAGUUGCAGAAUCUGUAAUCGAACUAGAUAUUAAUAACCUGUCUCCUGAAAUAGCUGGCCAUCUAUUGCCAUAUUACGGUACAAUGGCAAAUAUACGUGCACUCCUUAGUCAAUGUGACACGGAUGGAUUGAAGCACUGUGCGCUUAUCCCCAAUUUCCCAUACUUACAAGUUCCAGGAAGCUCUUUGAUCUGCACACUCGACACAAGCAUUACAGGUGAAUUUUUUCAACUUUUUCAGGAUGACAGGAUCUUGUUGAUCAAGCAAAGAGACAGUUCCCAUAUACACGUGUACGAUAUGGCGGUAGGAGAGAAAAAGAAAAGCAUAUUUACAUCUAACGGUGCUUUGCAUACUACUCCUGAUGGAAAAUACUUUAUAAUAGUUGAUCAUGUCACCGAAAAGGCUGUCAAGAUACACAACUCUUCGACCGGAGACUUUGUUGGCCAACUUAUAGUUCUGAAUCAUAUCACGCUUAAACCAAAGGAAAAGUACAAGAUGGGAGACAUCAGUAUUACCAAUGACCGGAUCUGCUUGAUUGUCACCACAGACUCAAGUUAUCUCUGCAUCGCGGAUAUUGAAUCCUGCCAUUUUUUGCAAAUCAUUAGUCUUGACGGCAGAUCUGACCUAUGCAGAAUAACACCAAACGGAAAAUUUGUCUUCUGCAAUUCAAACGAGUUCCUUCUCGGAUACGACUUGUACACACUAGAACAUACCUGCACAUUCUCCCUUGGAAAUAAGCCUAAUUCUAUGACAUUCAGCAAAGAUGGUUUUCGUGGGUACUUGUCAAGCAGCUUCGAAACGAAGCUGUUGGUGAUGCACUUGCACCAGGGAUCAGUAGAAAUGGCUUACAAAACAGUACUUGAGGAGGAAAUGCCAGACGACAUGAUCAUGCAACUCACAAUUUCCCCUAAUGAUGACACUGUUCUUAUUCGUGGGCGGAACACUAUCCUUGUUUACAGCAGAUUCAACGAGAAGGUGAUGGCAAGGUUUCCAAGACCGAAAGACAUUCCAAAAGAAUUCAAAUUGCCAAAAAGCCACUUCAUCGACCUGUACUUUACAGCGGCCGACUAUACGCGGGAUGGCAAGUUUGUGAUUGGUACCAUCUUCCGAAACAUUUACCUGUGGCAAAUCUCAACUGGUAAUCAAGUUACAAGCAUCCAGGCCCCGGUCGGUAUCAUCACGGAACUUCUAGUGUCAACCAAAAGGAGUCAGAUAGUCACUCACAUCCAGGGCGCGAGCAACAUCCAGUUGUGGAACAUAGACGAGGCUGUCAAUCAGGUUAAUAUGCUUGAUCGUCUCACAGGAGCAAUCACUGCCAUACGAGUCACUGGGGAUAGUUCUAUUGCUUACGCAAUGUGCAAGAGCAGUGACGAAAUCGGUGUCAUCGAUAUGCGUAAUGGAUCAAUGUUGGAUCUUUUAACGCACGACAGUCCCGUAAGUGACUUCGCCAUCACACCUACUGGCAGUUACGUUCUUGUGUCCACUCUGUCGAAAAAGUUGAAUAUGGCUACCAAACUGUGGGACAUGACAGAACGUCGAAUCAUUAAGGAAUUCGGGAACACUACUGGACACUGUAUCAGUGCCCACGUUGAUGCCUACAUGCUUUUUGUGGCCCAAGAACAGCACAAUUUCAAAGCCCCUUUCUACAUUACACUGUUCAAAUUUGUCGGGGACACUUUCCACGAGUACACACAUCCCCUUGCCCUGAAGUAUAUUCUUGGUAAGCCGUUCCUUACCAGCGAUGAUAAGUACCUUGUUGUGCUUACUGCUCAGGACUAUGUGCAGUUGACUGCAUCAUACGAUACGCCAAUCAUAUGUACAUUUGCAAUGGAAGAGGACAUGCGUGUCUCCUACUUCACUCCAGAGAGUUUCCAAGGAACAGCGAAUGUGUCAAAAAUCGUGGAUGUCAAACCGUGUCCAAAAAAUCCAUACACCAUAGCAAUUAUGUACGAAUCAACCGCCACGUUCGAUAUCAAGGAAAACGCCACACCGAACGGUAUCGCCAAGACAGCACAUGGAAUUCUCAUUCUUGACAUUUGUAGCGGAUCAAUGAUCGCUAUGUGUGAUCCCUUCAUGACAAACUCUGCAUGCAUAGACACCGGGCUGGUAUAUUCUAAUGACUUUGAAUUUUGUCUCGACAGCAACUCAAAUUACUUUGACAUCACCCAGUGUUAUUAUCGAGGACAAUUGCCGAACCCUGGCGUGAGACCAAGUCUCACGGCACUUAACGAUUCCGUCGUGGUGUAUGCUAAUGCCUGCGUUCUAUACGUCGUAAGAAUCUCCGAUGGCAAACAGAUUGCAACGUGUAACGUCCAUGCCAAGAUCUGUCACUUACAUCUAUGCAAAAACGACCGCACUGUCAUGGUUGGAUGCAGUGAUGGAACAAUCGCAUCAUAUGUACUCAUUGACCCUGAUAAUGAAGUACCUUCUGACGUCAUCCAAACGCUACGAAGUCGGCAAAUAGACCUGGCUGACGACGUGGAUGGGAGACUGUCCCGCUCCUGGGACAAAAUUGAGAGCGGUGGUCACUCCCCUCAGUCCCGCCCUACCUCUGGGAUGAUAGGCGCUUGCCCGAAAGACAAGAUUUUAUUAAAACGUGUGAAGCCUGUGCCCAAAGUGCGUCCUAACUCGGACACCUUUAUGUACCUAAAUGCUAAUUCAAAAUCAUGUUCAAUCAUGUGA